AUUAUUUGCAAAAUCAAAUUGCGUGCCAUGAUAAGCACCGCAUAACAAGCUCCUCCUCUUAAUCUCUUACUUUUACAGUUUUAUCUCAAAUUCUAGGGUUCCGACGCAAAAUCGCGGUAAUGGCGUACAAGUUCAAGCGCAACUCGCAUUUACGUUUCUGCGCCAUGUCAUUGACUAGCUUGUGAAAAGCUGUUUGGACUUAAGCGUGGAGUUCUCACAGGCUUGAUGUCAGAAAUUUGACGAGGUUUUGGGUUGGAUAAAAUAAGGGUGAAAGCAAAAUAUGCUUGGCAUACCUCUGUGUCAUAUUCAGUGUACGUGUACCUUGAGAGACUGACAUGUAAGCGACUGAGGGACUGAACUUUUGUUAAAUCAGGCCAUUCUCUUCCUGCUAUUCUGUGUUCUUCAUUGAUGGGAUUUGUUAGGUUUGCGAUAUAGAAGAAAGACAUGGACCUUAAUGCCCUUUUAACUUCUGCUGGCAUUAACAUAGGCAUCUCAGUGGCACUUAUUUCGCUAUAUUCCAUUUUGAGAAAGCAACCUUGCAAUUUAAGUGUGUACUUUGGUCGGAAGAUCGCUUCAGAGCGAGUGAGACGCCUAGAUCCUUUAUGUUUUGAUAGAUUUGUUCCUUCCCCAAGUUGGAUAGUGAAGGCGUGGGAAACAUCUGAAGAAGAAAUAAUGUUUAUUGGUGGCAUGGAUGCUUUGGUUUUUCUGAGGAUACUUGUGUUCAGUAUCCGAAUCUUCUCCAUUGCUGCUAUCAUAUGUCUUUUUCUGGUGCUUCCAGUGAAUUAUUAUGGCAAAGAAAUGCCUCACAAGCAAAUUCCAACAGCAUCACUUGAGGUUUUUAGUAUUGGGAAUGUCAAAGAAGGUUCCAAAUGGUUUUGGGCCCAUUGCCUCGCCUUAUAUGUCAUAUCCUUCUCAGCUUGUAUUCUUCUCUACUUUGAGUACAAAAGUAUCAGUAAGAUGAGGUUGGGGCACAUAAUUGAAUCUACCCCAAAGCCAAGUCAGUUUACCGUUCUUGUUCGUGGUAUUCCACGGCUGUCAGGGAAAUCCUAUAGUGAUACUUUGACAAAAUUCUUUGCUAAUUAUUAUGCAUCAAGCUACUUGUCUCACCAAAUGGUGUAUCGAUCUGGCACUGUUUUGAAACUGAUGAGUGACACAGAGAAGAUGAUCAAGUCUGGAUGUUGUGGAGGAAGUGUCAAUGCUUUUAAGAUCCUUUCCAGUGAAGAGACAGUUAAAGAGAAUGUCAAGGAGAUAGCACGUUUUGCUGAUCUGGGUGUAGCUUCAAGAUACAAUGAGUGUCCAGCUGCUUUUGUUUUCUUCAAGACACGCUAUGCUGCUUUUAUUGUUUCACAGGUGCUUCAAUCAUCAAACCCCAGGUUAUGGGUUACAAAAUUGGCCCCAGAGAAGAAUGAUCUUUUAUGGUCAAAUCUUUGUCUACCUUAUAGGCAAUUGUGGCUCCGUAAGAUAGCAAUACUUAUAGCUGCUAUUGUCUUCAUGUUUGUGUUCCUUAUACCUGUCACAGUUGUACAAGGCUUGACUCAACUAGAGCAGCUGGCUCAGGCAUUGCCCUUUUUAAGAGGAUUUUUAAACAAGAAAUUCAUCAACCAGCUGGUAACAGGUUACCUCCCAAGUGUGAUUUUGAUGUUGUUUUUGUAUACCGUUCCACCAACAAUGAUGCUGUUUUCAACAGUGGAGGGAUAUGUCUCCCAUAGUGGAAGGAAAAAGAGCGCAUGCUUGAAAGUCUUAUGCUUUAACAUCUGGAAUGUUUUCUUCGUUAAUGUUCUCUCAGGGUCUAUUAUCAAUCAAUUGAAUGCCUUCUCUAGCGUAAGAGACAUACCUGCCAUACUGGCCAGGGCAGUGCCAACACAGGCUAGUUUCUUUAUGACUUAUGUUUUAACAUCAGGCUGGGCAAGCCUAUCAUGUGAACUCAUACAAAUUUUUCCACUAUUCUGCAACAUGGUCAAAAAGUUCAUACUCAGAAUAAAGGAAGAUUCGCCCAAUAACUUGACCUUUCCAUAUCAUACGGAGGUUCCAAGAGUCUUAGUUUUUGGGCUUCUGGGCUUUACCUGUUCCAUCAUGGCACCUCUAAUACUGCCCUUCUUAUUAAUUUACUUUAUUUUGGGGAACCUUGUAUAUCGAAACCAGAUUCUCCAUGUGUAUGAAUCGAAAUAUGAUACUGGGGGACAAUACUGGCCUGUUGUUCACAAUGCAACCAUCUUUUCAUUGGUGUUGACGCAAAUUAUAGCUCUUGGGGUUUUUGGAAUUAAGCGAUCACCUGUUGCAUUUGGUUUCACCAUUCCACUGGUUAUCUUGACCCUCCUCUUUAAUGAGUAUUGCAGACAGCGGUUUUACCCUACCUUUAAACAGAUAGCUGCACAGGUUCUUAUUGAGAUGGAUCGACGUGAUGAGAUAUGCGGGAGAAUGGAAGAGAUUUUUCAACAGCUGCAUUCAGCUUAUUGCCAAUUUGCAUUAACUUCUCCGGACUCCUGUAAAGCUGGAAACAUAAAUGAAGGAGACCACAAGAUCCAAGAUCCAGAGGCUAUAAAUCCUUGUGUAAAGCUGGAAACAUGAAGAAUUGGGAUCAGGAUAACAUUCGAGGUCCUAGGGCUGUAAAGACAGGUAUGACGGUAAGCAUUCUUGUUGAAAGCGAAAAGGUAACGGAUUGGCUUGUAUUACGGAUCUUUGUCGAGCAAGUAUUACGGGUUCCACCGGAAUCAUAGGAAGGGCUGUGGAGAGAACUUAAUUUGAAAUGAAUUAAGCUCAUUCAUUUGUACAUUUGUUGAUUUGUAAAGUUAAUCCCAAGAAAUGUACUAUAGCAAAGAAGUUUUCAAUUAUCUUUGAUUUUUUUCCCUUGUUUU